AUUAUGAGUCCCCGCAUAUACAAAUAGUGAAUUGUGGAAUAUAACUUAUCUUUGAGAAAGUGCAAUCCUUGAUAGUUUUAGGAAUUCACAGAAUAUUUUAGCUACGUGAAUACCGCACAAAAAAUUGUAAUGGGAGUGCACUUCGACUAUACUUUGACAUGGGAGCAGCAUGACAGUUGUCCGAAAUCUUCUCAAGAAGCAUUUACCGGAUUCAAAAUCUUCUCUCUCUGAUGACGCUUGUAGAAAUGCAUUUAAAGAUCUCAAUAUCCUUACACUCCCUUGCGUGUAUAUUCUACAGUGUCACACCUAUUUAGCGAUCAUUCAGAUGAGCGCACAUACAAUAAAGAUAUAG